AUGGCAGGCAUUCAGCAGCAAAAUGAUACUUUGCCAGCAUCAUGGGAUGGUUCAAGCAAACAAACAGCAGCUUUUGAUGUGGAGGGGCAUCCUCGACCUUGUAUUGAUAAUGAACUUAAAGACCCAAGUCACCAGAAAUCUGGAUGGAGGAAGUUUCUAUCAUAUGUAGGACCUGGUUUCCUCGUUUCAUUGGCUUAUCUUGACCCUGGAAAUUUGGAGACUGAUCUGCAAGCAGGAGCUAGUCACAGAUAUGAGCUGCUAUGGGUAGUGCUUGCUGGAUUGAUCUUUGCUCUUACAAUCCAAUCACUAGCUGCAAACCUUGGUGUCAGCACCGGAAAGCACCUGUCGGAGCUAUGCAGAGCUGAGUACCCACGACAUGUCAAGUAUUGCCUGUGGUUGCUAGCAGAGAUAGCUGUCAUGGCUGCCGAUAUCCCCGAAGUGAUUGGGACAGCUUUUGCCCUAAACAUAUUGUUUAAUAUCCCAGUAUGGUCUGGAGUUCUAUGCACUGGUUGUAGCACUCUGCUACUCCUCGGCCUGCAGAAAUAUGGUGUGAGGAAGCUAGAGCUGUUAAUAGCACUGCUCGUGUUUGUUAUGGCAGCGUGUUUCUUUGGAGAAAUGAGACAUGUAAAGCCUCCUGCAACUGAUGUGCUUAAGGGCAUGUUUAUCCCCAAGCUGUCAGGCCAAGGAUCCACUGGCGAUGCCAUUGCCCUACUCGGUGCCCUUGUCAUGCCGCACAAUCUCUUUCUCCACUCUGCCCUUGUUCUGUCUAGGAAAACACCAAACUCUGUCCGUGGCAUUAACGAUGCUUGUCGCUAUUUCCUGAUAGAGAGUGGGCUCGCGCUGUUUGUAGCAUUUUUAAUCAAUCUCGCAGUCAUCUCCGUAUCUGGGACUGUUUGCUCAGCUCAAAAUCUAUCAUCUGAAAAUGCAGAUCGAUGUGGAGAUCUCACCCUUAACUCUGCUUCCUUCCUUCUUCAGAAUGUGCUGGGAAAAUCAAGCUCAAAAAUUUAUGCGAUUGCUGUAUUAGCUUCAGGGCAGAGCUCCACUAUCACAGGCACUUACGCAGGACAAUACAUCAUGGAGGGUUUCUUGGAACUUAGGAUGAGAAAAUGGAUUAGGAACCUAGUGACUAGAUGCAUUGCCAUUACACCUAGUCUUAUUGUCUCCAUUAUCGAUGGAUCGUCAGGCGCGGGUCGACUAAUCAUCAUUGCAUCGAUGAUUCUUUCUUUUGAACUGCCUUUCGCUCUUAUCCCACUUCUUAAAUUCAGUAGCAGCACCACCAAGAUGGGGCCACACAAGAACUCAAUCUAUAUUAUAGCGUUAUCAUGGAUUUUGGGUCUGGGAAUUAUUGGCAUCAACAUUUAUUAUCUAAGCACAGGCUUUGUGGGCUGGCUAAUUGACAGCAAUCUACCUAAAGUAGCGAACGUUUUCAUUGGAAUAAUAGUAUUUCCUCUAAUGGCAGUCUAUAUCCUUACAGUAAUCUAUUUAACCUUCAGAAAGGACACUGUGGUGACUUUUAUGGAGCCAAAUAAGAAUGACCCCCAGAACAAAACUAACAUGGAGAACGGACUAGCUAAAUCUACCGAGGGCCCGGAGAUGGUGGAUCGUGCGCCAUAUAGAGAGGAUUUAGCUGAUAUCCCUCUGCCAGAAUAGGGGGUGUUCAGAGCUAGAAAUCCAGGUUCCUUCGUUAAUGCAUGACAAGCACAACUCGUAAAAUCGGGGUUAAAAAUGAUGUGUUAUAUGAAGCCUUCUUGUUUAGUUGAAGUUACAAGUCUUACUAAUACUUCAUCGCACCCCUUUUUGGGUCCAAAAAUAGCAGGGCUCCUCACCUGUAAACUUUAUGGAAUGCUCUUGAAGUUGUAAUGUUGAAUUUUAUUUCGGUAAAAAUGGAUCGAGGCCAUUAUCAUUGCCUUGAACAGUCAAGUAGUUUCGGGUCGCGAUCA